UGCUCCCGCGGGCGCGGUGUGCGUCGGGACGGGGAGUGACGUUGCACAAUAACAACAACAGGCCGCGAGUGCGGGGGCCAGUGGCCGAUGGGGUUAUGGAUGCGAGCUCCGUGCCUUAUGGCGUGAUUGUCGACACCGCAGGGGACGUGCAGCACUUGAACCGGACUGGAGUAGGGUACUAUCAGCGUGAGAGGACUAAAACGUUAUUUGAAGAGAUCCGAGCAUCAAUUGCAAAUAAUUCCAAUGGAGGUAGACCUUUCUGGAGACCUGUUCUUCCAUGGGGUGGAGUGUAUACCAUCAAAGCUGGAAAAAACGCAAUGGCCUGCACUCCAUUGUAUGUGAGGAUCAGCCUAAAAAAUACUUGCACCAUUGAUGGAUUUUUGAUGUUACUCUAUGUGAUUCUCAGUGAAAAUGAGAAUUUUCGUAGAGAGUUAUCGACCUACUUGGGAAAGGAAUUUGUUGAGUGUUUUCUAUAUUUGAUGGAUUCAUAUAAAUUUACAACUGUGAAGUUGUUAUGGAUUUGGGAUAAGAUGGAAAAAUGCCAGUACAAAAGUGAAGUCCAUGAGGCCUCUUUAGAAAUUGACCUAUUUGGGAAUGAACAUGACAACUUCACAAGGAAUCUGGAGAACCUUAUGUCUACCAUACAGGAAACAUUUUGUUCUAAUGGAAGAUGCCCAGCACGUGUGCAAGAAGAUCAGCGCAAGACAAUUGUAAUCUAUCCUUCACGAGAUUCUCUCUUGGGUGAUGUAAUUCAAGCAGCAGUGGAUGAAUUAUUCUGUCCCAGGACCGAGCUCUGUGAAGAACUUGGAUGUAAUGGUCAACGGGAGUUCACACAGAGAAUUUUUUGUCAUGACGCUCCUCCAUUUGUCAUCCUAAAUAUGCAGCAAUGGAAAUCUGAGGAACUGGCUUAUGUGCCAUAUAGUUUGGAUGUGGCAGAACACAGGUACUUACUAGAAGGGGCAACACUUUUCAAUAAGGAGGAGCAUCAUUACUCGGCUGCUUUUAUGAUUGAUGGUAAUUGGAUGCAUUAUGAUGGACUUAGAACUGAGAACUUGGUGUUAUUAAAUAAACCUCCAGAGCUGCUGCUCUUGUCCUCUCUUGUCUAUGUUCGAGAUCAAGAAUUGAUUAAGAAUGAUCUGUGUUGCUCAAAAAUGAGGCAAUGGAUAUACACUACAUAAGUCAUACUUAUUUUAAAACUAUGCAGAG